AUGGAUCCGGAGGACGCGGGUUCGUGCGCAGCGCCUCCGGAGCCGUACAACGGGAGCAACGGUCCGACAGCGGGACGCCUGGGCGGAUGGUUCAAGUCCACCGCUGCUUCUCUGGAAGUCCACGUCAAGGAGAUCCGUGCCAACUCCAAGCUCAUCGCCGCGGACCUCCAGAACGCGCACCAGGAGGCGAAGAGCAAGAUCCAAAAGAGCUUUGCAGGCGGAGUCUUGGCACCCGGCCUGGAAGAGGUUCAGCUGAAGGUCACCUUUGAGGAGGGCAGCCUCGGACUGAACCUCGACUUGGCCGACGGACAGGUCAUCAAAGUCACACCAGGCGGUCAGGCAGAGCAGCUGGGCCUCCGUGUGCAGGACCGGCUCCUCGCAGUCCGAGGCUGCUCUCUCCCAGCGGUUUCGGAGCCAAACUUCCAAGAGGCGGCGAAGAAGCAGCUGUCCUUGGCCAAGCAACGGCCCGUGAACAUGACCUUUCUUCGCAUCGUCCCGUCAGAGGGCAAGAAGAACAAAGAGGCCCAGGAGGAAUCGCAGCAGCUUCGCCAAGCACAAGCGAAGAUUGACGAACUUCAGGUGCAGGUUGCUGCUCGGACGAACGAGGCAAAGGCAGCCAGAGAGGAGGCAAAGGCGCUGCAGGCAGAGCUGCAGUUGGCCCAGAACUGGACCGCUCAGGAGGAGCGAGAGUUGCAAGCACUCAGAUCAGAACUUGAUGACUUGCGGCUGCGGACUAAGACUAACCAGGCAGAGGCAAAACGUGACGAAGUGAAGGUCGCGAUCCAAGAUGAGCAGGCUUUAAGAGACCGGGCAGGAGCUGCGGCAGCAGAAGGAGAUGAAGAAGAAGAAAAACGCUUACAGAGUGCGCUGCAAAAGUUGCAGACGUCGAACAAAGAACUGGAACUGGCAAGACUGGCAAGAGAGGACCUCGCAGGGCAGCUGAUGAGAGCUACGGCGGACUGCAUGCAGCAUAUGCAGCAUGAAGAGUCUUCGCAGAAAGCUAGCGCGAGGGCAUCCCUGCUCGAAGAGGAACUCCAGCGCGAGAAGACUAAACUUGAACAGCUUCGCAGGCAAAUGUCAGAAGCAUCGGAAAGCUUGGCAAAGGCAGAGGCAGAACGUGAGGAGCUGCAGGCAUCAUCAAAUCUUCUUGUGGACGAGAUGCAGUCGUUGCGGCGGAUUCUGCAGCAGCACGAAAGCUCGGAGAGCGCGGCGCGGCGGCUGCUCGAGGAGCAGCUGGCAGAGACGAAGUCCUCCGCAACGAAGCUUCGCGAAGAACUGCAAAGGCGAGGCGCCGCGCCUCAAGCAAGAGAAGGGGAGCGCCUUCAAACCCUCCGCCCCCAACGCUGCAGGGCUGAGGCAGAGCUGGAGGAGAAGGAGCUUUGGCGUCGACGACUUUUGGAACUCGAAGAAGAAGCCAGGCCCGCCCAGCGGUAG